UCCGCCCGCGCAGGCGCCGCGCCCCGCGCCAUGCGUUCCGCCGCGGCCCUCCUGGCUCCGAGCCUGCUGCGGCUCCUCCGCCGCGGUUCUUCCGCCGCCGCCGACCCGCCGCUACGCGAUCCGCCGCCACGCGCCCGCCCCGCGCCCCAGCGGCGAGUCCGUGCUGACGCCGCCCGGGAGGAGGAGGAGGAGGAGGAGGAAGAGGAAGAGGAGGAGGAGGAAGGCGUGGAGUUGGGGACGCUGUCUCAUAAAUACUCCGGCAGGAAAUAUUAUCGCAAAACUACGUCGCGCUUUCUGGAUUUGAAGCUGGGAGAGGACGAGGCGGAGAGCAGCCCGCGGCGCGGCCCUCCCAACACCCCGUUCUGGUUCUUCCUGCGCUGUAAGGCGCUUCUCGCCCGGGGAAAGUUGGCAGAGGCUCUGGAGCUGUUUGAGGUGCAGAUGCUGAAGGAAGAGCGUGUGCGGCCGGAAGAAAGCAAUUACACCGUUCUGAUUGGUGGCUGUGGCAGGGCUGGCUAUGUGAAAAAGGCAUUCAAGCUCUACAAUGAUAUGAAAAAACGAGGCUUAACUCCCACCGAUGCCACUUACACGGCUCUGUUCAACGCCUGCGCCGAAUCGCCAUGGAAAGACUCGGGCCUGCAGAGCGCUCUCAAAUUACGGCAGCAGCUGAAGAGCAAAAACAUCGAGCUGAACCUGAUCACCUACCACGCGCUGCUGAAGGUCUCUGCCCUGUGCUCGGAUCUCAGGAUGUGCUUUGACGUACUGAAGGAAAUGGUGCACAAGGGCCAUGUUCCCACAGUUGAGACGUUCAGCUUCCUCCUCAUGAGCUGCAUAAAGGACAGCGAAAAUGGCUUCCUAUACGCUUUACAGAUCUGGAAGCAAAUGACUAAACUUGGAAUAAAGGCCAACAGCCACACUUACAAUCUGAUGCUGCGUGCUGCGAGAGACUGUGGAAUAGGUGAUCCAGUCCUGGCUUCUGAGCUCCUGCUCAGAGCAGCCCAUGAGAGCUCACCUCAGCUAAGGCUUGCAGCUGGGCGGCAGAAGGGAAAGGUGAAAAAACAUCAGAAGGAGUCAGAGAGUGCAGCUGCUGUCCGACUGGAUGUGGAAGCUAUGGAAAAGCAGUUAUUUCAGGAGAGUUUGGUGCAGCCUGAAGAAAUCAUCCAGCAUGAAAAUAAAGGUGUGAAUCGUGCUGAAACAGAACCAGCUGGGCCCGACAGCCCUAGCAUGGCUUGCAGCAGGACCAGGGCAUUGAUGAGGAGAGGUUCGAAUGAGAUGGAACAGGCAGAGACACGCCUACACCAGAAGGAGCUUUCCUGCAACCUGCCCAACUUGCUGGAUUCCAGGAUGCCUGAUGCAGCUGUGGUUUCCUUGGGGACAGUGGCCACACCAUCUGACAGACUGGCUUUGAUGGGGGACGUGGAGGGCUUCUUGAGGAAAAUGAAAGAGGACAGUGCAGAACCCAACAUUAAAACAUUUACAUUACUGGCUGAGCUGGUGGAACCCCAGAGCCCCUCAGAGUCCUCUUUGCUGGCACUCCUGGAUGAGCAUAAAGUGAAAGUAGAUGUGACCUUCUUUAACACUCUAAUGAGGAAGAAAAGUAAACAGGGAGACCUAGAAGGAGCAAAGAGCGUGCUGCCAGCUCUGGUGAGGAGGGGACUGUCGCCGAACCUCCAGACAUUCUGUAGCUUGGCAAUCGCUUGCCACCAAGAGAAGGAUGGGCUGCAGCUCCUCUCAGAUUUGAAGAGGUCUGGAGUUACUCCCAACAAGUUUAUCUACAGCAGCCUUAUUUCUGCUGCCGUGAAGCAGCUGGACUACAGUUACCUCACAGAGAUCCUGCGAGAUAUGAGGAAUAACCAGGUGCCUCCCAAUGAAGUUAUCAUACGGCAGCUGGAGUUUGCAGCGCAGUACCCUCCGAAAUUCGACAGGUAUAAGUCAAAGAACCCUUAUCUGGAGAAAAUUGAUGGUUUCCGCGGCUACUACUAUCGGUGGUUAAAAGUGAUGGCAGGAGAGGAGACCCCGCACCCCUGGGCACAGUACAGAACAGUGCAGCGUACAGCCGGUAGCAGUGAGGAAGAGGCUGAGCAGGAGCAGCCAGAGCAGAAGUAGCCGUGAGCAGAACACCGGAAUCCAGCAUCUUCCUCGUACUGGAAGAAAGAGGAACUUCCUCCCUUAAAAUUGUCUUGUAGUAAAGCUGCUUUGCGUUUCCAUGAAUCCAGCUUCUUGCAAUAACUACACAAUAAAAUACUUGUCCUUUGUUUUAAAGACAAACAAAUACAUUUUCAGGGCAUUUCCUUUACUGUGGAGGAGGUGACAGGCUGUGGUUUAACAAACUGUGUGCUAAACGGGAGAAGCACUUCACGUGUGACCAGCCAGUCUCUAUACUGCUGGCACUAACUGCAUCUAUGCACUAAUUCCAGGUUAUAAACUGUAGCAGAGUUCUGGGGAAAUUUAGCUUCCUUCUACACAAAAACAGGGGAGAUUAACUCUGACAGGAGUUUGAGAAAGGUACCCUUUCCUUUACGCACAGCCUCUUAAAUUCAGUUUGUUG